AUGGAGUCACGGAGGACCAGAAAAUCAAUACUGCUAGGAUUUUACCUCUGGGUGACUUUGAGCUUUCGAGGCUGCCAUGGUGGAAUAUAUCAGAGGAAGUUGUACCGGGAUUUGAUGGUCAACUAUAAUCGACUGGAACGACCAGUCCAAAACGACUCUACACCCAUCGUAGUGGAACUUGGUCUCACUUUGCUACAGAUCAUUGAUGUGGAUGAGAAGAACCAAGUUUUGAUCACAAACGCGUGGCUUCAGCUGCAGUGGACAGACGUGUACCUUACAUGGGAUACAGAAAGUUACCCUGGUGUUCAAAACCUGCGAUUCCCUUCUGAUUUGAUAUGGACUCCAGACAUUCUCCUCUACAACAGUGCCGAUGAAAGGUUUGAUGCAACUUUCCAUACAAAUGUACUGGUCAAUGCUUCAGGUUCCUGUCAGUAUAUCCCACCAGGCAUCUUGAAGAGUACCUGCUACAUCGAUGUUCGGUGGUUCCCAUUUGAUGUACAGAAGUGUGACCUAAAAUUUGGCUCCUGGACACAUAACGGUUGGUUGCUUGACCUCCAGAUGAUGGAUGUGGACAUCUCCACCUACAUACCCAAUGGCGAGUGGGAUCUUGUUGGUGUGCCAGCCAAGCGGAAUGAGCUCUACUACGACUGUUGCAAAGAACCGUACCCUGAUGUGACAUUCACUGUCACCAUGCGCCGUAGAACACUUUACUAUGGCCUCAACUUGCUUAUCCCAUGUGUGCUCAUCUCUGGUCUGGCCCUGCUGGUUUUCCUGCUGCCUGCAGACUCCGGAGAGAAGAUUUCACUGGGAAUCACUGUGCUGCUGUCUCUAACUGUGUUCAUGUUACUGGUGGCAGAGAUAAUGCCUGCUACAUCAGACUCUGUUCCCCUGAUUGCUCAGUACUUUGCCAGCACAAUGAUGAUCGUAGGCUUAUCCGUGGUGGUGACAGUUCUAGUUCUCCAGUUCCACCACCAUGACCCCCAAGGAGGGCAGAUGCCAAAAUGGGUCCGACUCAUUCUCCUCAACUGGUGCGCUUGGUUCCUACGCAUGAAGAAACCUGGAGAGGAAAGAAAAAGUCAAUCAGUUUGCCCUGCUUAUGUGUAUCCACACCCUCCUCCUCACCACACCAGCACCAACAGCAUUCAGAUGAGCACCAUACCUUGCCAGAGCUCCACCCAGUCACCUAACACCAAUGGCAACAUUAACCUGCACCUCGGAUAUCAUUCCAUGGGAACAGACAACCCUUCUUUCCCACCAAGCACUGAUCCGACUGUGCUAAUGUGCGGCAGCAGCGGAGGCAGCGACAGACAUCUCACUGGUUCUGCCAUCUACCCAGAGCAAACACGGACUUUGCUGCUGGAACAACUCCCGGAAAUGUCUCGGAUCCUGGAGGAAGUGCAGUAUAUCGCCAGGCGCUUCCGAGACCAAGAUGAGGGCCAGGCCAUUUGCAGCGAGUGGAAGUUUGCAGCGGCGGUGGUGGAUCGCUUAUGCCUGGUGGCCUUUUCGCUCUUCUCUAUCAUCUGCACUUUUACCAUCCUCAUGUCGGCUCCCAAUUUCAUUGAGGCGGUGUCCAAAGACUUCACAUGAAGCGGAUUGUUACUCUAUGAACAGGAAAGAGAGGAAAAAUGCUGCCAUUGCUUAAAUAUUCAGAAACUGCCCAACAUGCUUCCAACACCUGGAAACCUAUAGACCUACAAGUGUCUCUGACAUAAAGUAUUUCUGUUCAGACAUACCUGUUUUUGUUUAUUUGCUGUAAUGUGGAAACUUAAAAGAGCACAAUCUUACUUUAUCUCAAUUUAUUUAGCACCACCAAUACAGAGUUUUGCAGUCACCAUACACUACUUACCUUUUUACUUUGAAACAUUGAAUAUUUAUUGUAACUUCUUGUUUUAUAAUAUUCUAUUAGGGUUUGAUAUUAUAGUAAAUUCAUUCACAAAUACACUCUCAUCACAUUAACAUAAAGGGGUUUGACACUUCAGCA